AUGUUUACGUUCGAUGGCAUAUUGAAGGAACUCUUUUAUAAUUUGAACAAGUAUAAAUGGGUGUUGGGAAAUUCCUUCAUGGAGCUGGAGAAAGAUGUGAUAACGGCGGUUAAUGACGCCGGCCUUCCAUUUUGGCCAGUAGGACCGAUUGUUCCAGCGACCCUUUUUGGGAAGGAAGACGCCAUUGACGGCGAUCUUAAGGGUUUAAAUAAGUUUAAAUCCACAACCGAGAGUAACUGUUUGGAAUGGUUAGACAAACAACAUCCGGCGUCAGUUGUUUAUAUCUCUUUCGGAACACUAGUCUUUUCAUCCAAGAAUCAUAUAGAAAACAUAGCAACUGGUCUGAAAAUUUCGAAACGACCGUUUAUCUGGGUGGUAAAGCUGCCGGAAAAUCAAGAAACUCAUCAAUUUGAGAUCUUGCAGGAGAUUAAAGAACAGGGUUUGAUCGUGAGAUGGAGUCCGCAAACUGCUGUGUUAUCACAUCCAUCAGUUGGGUGUUUCUUAAGUCACGGUGGGUGGAACUCAAUGAUUGAAAGUGUCACCGCCGGUGUGCCAAUGAUUGUUUGUCCGCAGUGGACUGACCAGCCGACGAAUGCUAAGCUUGUUACAGAUAUUUGGGGCAUCGGAGUGAAACUAAAUAAGAAUCCAGAAGCGUUUUUUGAUGGGGAAGAUGUGGCACGAUGCGUGGAGGAGGUUUUGUCUGGGCCUAGAUCGGAGGAGUUCAGAAAGAACGGGGCGGAGUUGAAAAGGGCGGCUCGUGAGGCAGUGGCAGACGGUGGAUCGUCGGAUAAGAACAUCCAAUUGUUUGUAGAUGCAGUUUCUUCUUGCUCAUGAAAUGUAUGCAAUAUUAUGCUGUGUUUUGUGCAAGAUAUCUUGUACUCCUCCUUUAGUAAUAAAUUAUUAUUGGUUUGUCAUUA